CGCGAGGCUUCCUGGUUGGGCUGCUGUGGCGAGAGCGGGUUGGCUUAUCUAUAGCGGUGGUAUUGGGCUCCGGAGAAUAGCGGGGAAUAGCUGCGGCGGAGGUGAGGAGAGGUGUUUCUGAAGCAGGGAGCCUCUGUGAUGAAGAAGAUCUUUGGCUUGGGGAACAAGAAGGGCGAGUCGCCCUUGGGCUUCUCCACCAGUACGCGGAAGAACAGCGCCGCCGCCGGGCAGGAGAAUGACAGACGCGUCAACUCACUGCCUGGCUACGACAUCCGAGACAGAGAUCUCGGAAAGAUCCACAAAGCUGCCAGCGUGGGUGACGUGUCGAAGGUGCAGCAGAUCCUUUUGCUGGGGAAAAGUGGCUUGAAUGACAGAGACAAGAGGAAGAGGACUGCUCUACAUUUGGCCUGUGCUAAUGGUCAUCAUGAAGUGGUAACUCUCUUAGCAGAGAGAAAAUGUGAUCUUAACCUCUAUGACAGUGAAAACAGGACAGCUCUGAUGAAGGCUGUACAAUGCCAGAAAGAGGAAUGUGCAGCUAUUCUGCUAGAACAUGGUGCGGAUCCAAACCUUGCAGACUUCCAUGGCAACACUGCUCUCCACUAUGCUGUCUGUGACCAGAGAAUAUCAAUUGCAGCAAAACUGCUUUUACACAAGGCAAAUACUGAAGCAAGAAACAAGGAAGGGCUCACACCACUUUUGCUUGCUAUAAAAGAAAACAAACAGCCAAUGGUGGAAUUUUUAGUACAGAAAGGAGCAAAUAUACGUGGAGUUGACAAGGUGAAAAGCGAUUGCCGACUAAUUUCUAAAUAUAAAGAAGAUCAGCAACUUAAAGAUUCUUCUCAAAAUAGCAAUCCAGAGAAUGAGAGUUCUGAAGAUGACUCUUUAAGCAGGCUUUCUGACAAACCUGGUCCUGAUGAUUCGUGGCCUUCAUCAAUUGAUGACCUAGAUUUUGAUACUGAGAAUGUUCCAAAACCAGACUUAACAAAGCUAAUCAGUGCUUCUCGGCAAUCCAUGAAAAUUCUAGAGGCAAAACAUGACCUUCAGAAGCUAGAAGACAGAACAUUGUUGGAGAGUAUGUCCGAGAAUCUUCCACAGAAGUAUGUUGGUCAUUUAUCUGGGGCUGAAGAUCAAAGAGGAAAAAAUAUAGUAAAUGGACAAGUAGAAGAUGUGUUUUAUAUACCUUCUUGCAUGAGUGGAUCAAGAAACUUAAAGAUGGCUAAACUAGAGGAUAGAAGAUAUGUAGGCAUACCAUUAGCCCACAUGGAGUCUCCUGAGAAAUAUCCUUACUUGAAGCCUACUGUUGAAAUGAGAGAUUCUGUUCCAAAUAAAGCAGUAGGAGUGGAGGAUAUACAAACAUCUAGAUCAGGUUUGUCAGCAGAACUAGACUUAGAAAUGAUGGCAGAAGAAGUACAAGAAAGGCUUGAUGAAAAUGAAAAUGAGCAGCCACAGGUUGAUGAAGAAAGGAAGAAGCACAAAAGUAAUGAAAUGGAAGUAUCAGAAAACCUAUAUGAUGGUGCUACUGAUGAUGACAAUGAUGAUGGA